AUGUAUUAUGUUUAUUCAGAUUAUCGAUCGAAACGUGAAACAUAUCUAACUCAGCUGGAGAAUUUAAUUAUUCAAUUACCUGUAUCCAAUUAUACCCUGUUAAAGCAUUUAUGCCAAUUCCUUUAUCGUGUCUCCAUAUAUCAAGCUGAGAAUAAAAUGUCAAUUGAAUCAUUAGGUAUUGUAUUUGGACCGAAUGUAUUUCGAUUUACACCAGAAAAUAUAGGCUAUCGUGAACAGAAUUCAAUUAAUCAUAUCAUGAGUUUUCUAAUUGAACAAUCUAAUCAUUUAUUUCGUAUGAUUGCACCAAGUUGUGAAAAUGUGGUAACACCAUUAAGUGAUUUGUCAAAUGGCGGCGGUGGGGGUGGUGGGGGUUAUUCGUCACAAAUCUCACGUGUUCCACUUGUAGCUGCUGCUACUACUACUUCUACGACUGAUGCCAUUAUCAUUAAUGAUGGUGAUGAUGAGGAUGUUGAUGAUGGUGACAAGAAGUAUAAAGAAAGAUAUGAAAAUGAAACACCCGAUAAUAUGUCCGAAAUGAAUUCUUACAAUGAUGAUGACAUCGAUGAUGAAGGCGGCGACGAGGAUGUUCAAACAGAAAGUCUUACCACGCAUUCAACUACUAUGGCUGGAACAACAAUGUAUCCGUCAAUGAAUCGAGUUACAAGUACUUAUUGUCCUGGUUCACGAGUUGGCGGUGGUGGUAUUAUGACUUCAACAACAGGGACAAAAACAACAGCACUACCAACAACAACAACAAUGACGCCAUCAAUGAAAGGAUUAAAUACAGCAGAUGAUAUUCCGUUGAAGACGAAAGCAUCCAACUGUGAUAUCAUUUCAUCUUAUCUUGAAAUGGCUAUUCGUUCAUGUAUUGAAGAGCAUUUAUUCCAUGAAAGAUUGUCUGAAUGGAAAGUGUUCAACACCACUGAAAAGUUAGAUCCCUCUAAUUAUCCAGUUGGCUUCAAUCAUACAUUAAAGCCGAGUUGUAGUGAUAGUAUUACAUCGCAGAAAAUAAAUUUGACAGAUGAAGGAGAUCCACCGAGUUUUGAAUUUAAACACGCUAAAGUACUAUCAGGAAUUGACUUUUCCAAUGAAUCCAGCGAUCAAAUUCAUCAAAAGUUAACCCAGCAUUUAUAUAUACUGAAAUCACGUGUACGAGAAUUUGAAAAGCGAUUUGAACAUGAUUAUGGACGUAAAGCAACCAAUUCGGAUAAAUAUUCUGAUCCAAGGAUUAAUGAUAUAAUGUGUCAAAUAUCUGAAGUCCAUGCAGCAAUGAAGUAUAUCAAGUCGUCAGAUAAAUCGUCUGAUCAAAUUACCAAUAAAAGUAAUCCAUCUGUGACAUCUAAUAAUCCUAUUGAAUGUACAGCCUACAAUGGAAUUACCAACACAAAGAUGACAUCUUCAGUUUAUUCUUUAAAUCAUUCUCCUAGUAAACAGUCAAUUUAUAAAACACAUGAUGAAGUGAAAGAUUAUAUGAGAGAACUUCGUUCACCAAGUAGUUAUAUCCCUUCUAAACCAUCAAUGGAAUUGAAUGCAGCAGCUGAAAAUGGAAAUCCAGCAGCAGCAGCAGCAGCAGGUCAAAUAGAGUCGAAUACUACUGGUAAACCAACUGUUGAAAGUACUUUUCUACUCCUUUCAAAUCGGUUAGCAGAGAAACGUGCCAGUGCAAAUCGUCCUGAAUCUCUUCAUCUUAUGAAUCCUAAACAAAUUGAAGCUGAAAAAUUAGCCUUACAGAAAGCGUUAUUAUAUUUUGAAAAUCUUCAUGGUCGACCAAAAGAACGUGAAGAUCGUAUUACAAUGCGACCAUUGUAUGAUCGUUAUCGUAGUGUUAAACGUCUUCUAGCCAGUAUACAAUCUAAUCAAAAUGUUAAUUUACCUGAGAAUACAGAAGAGAAUAGUGAUACCGAUGGUUAUUUGUCUAUUCCAUCCAAUGAUGAUAUUGUUCGUCGAAAGUCAAUACAAUCACCGGUUAUUCUGCCUAAUCAUCAUCAACAUUUUGAUAGUAACAAUCAUCCAAUGAAAUCUAUUCAUCAGUCAACAACAACUGUUGGUACAGUCGGUUUAAGCAGACGAAAUCAAGCUAGUGGAGAUAAUGAUUAUUACACGACUACUAAUACUUCCAGUUCACAGAAUAAGCUUCCCAAUGAGAUGUAUCCACGUAUUCAACAGGAGAAUGGAUUUUCUUCAUCUGGAGGAGUGGCAGCAGUGACAACAGCAUAUGGUGGUGGGCCAACUAGACGCUCAAGUACUAAUACAAAUGAAUACUCUUCACCUAUGCAUAAUCAUCAUCAAGAUAAUUUCACCGGUUCCACACCAGCUGUACCCUAUGAUUCCCCACCAUUAUCCUUAUCUUCAUUAUCUAAUCCACGAAUUAAUCAAGUCAGCAGUAAUAUUGAUUUAUUGAGACCGAAUAACAGUAAUGUUUCUGUGGCUAGUGUGAAAAAUCGACGUCGUAUACUUACGAAUUCUGAUAAUGCCAUCAAUUCUAUGCCAAGUAGUACAACAGCAACAACAACCGACAAAUAUGUUGAAUCAUCACAAACUAUGCCAUCAUCAGAUUUAUCCAGUUGGUCAAUUAAUGAUUUAAAGGCAGCAUUACGUAAUCUACGUGAAUCAAAACGUCAAUUGCAGAAAACUUUAAAAGAUUUCGAACAUGAAUUUACUCAAACUACUGGUCAAAAGGUAGAACGUGCUGAUCGAUUACGUAUGCGUCCACAAUACUGUCAGUAUAAAGCGUUAAAAACACGUCUACUUCAGUUGGAAACUGAACUAAAAGGUCGAUGUGCCUAAAAAAAACAAUAGAGUUUUAUGUGUGUGUAUGGAUUUUUUUUCCUUUGAAAAUUUCUGCCUUUAACAGCACAACAAUCCCCGUUAUGUGUGUCCAGUGGGGCUGGCUCAGUUAUUUUGUUUUCAUUUGUCAAUGUGAUAAAUGUGUAUGUGAUGAAGGGAUGAUUAAACUUCUAUGAUCUACUACUCUACAUUGUAACAAUAUAAGGAGAACAGUGGAUAUAUGUCUAUUCUACAUAUUUAUACACUCAUUAAUGUGAACUAAUUUUAACCACCUAACUUCCAAUACAGGAUAAGAUUAGUUAAUAGUAUAUUGUAUUUUUAAUUGCUUUAAUACUUUAUUUAUCCCAAAUAUGAUUACUCAUAAUAUCAUUAUACCUUGUGUAUAUAUAUAUAGUACUUUAACCUAUUGAGCAAAUUAUGUGUAUAUAUAAAUAUCUAUAUUUGAGUAGUUUCAUUUCAACUCCAGAGAUUUUCUAAACACAAUGAGAUAUUUUUCUCCUCUGCCUCCUCUUCUACUUUUUUCUCAAUUGAUUUUCUUUUUAUUUAUUAGAACAAUACAUGCAUACUCAAGAUGUCAUGCCUACUCUGUUCAUUAUUUCUUUUGACCCUCUUUUUUAAAAAAAGAGUAUAUAUUUUUGAUUCCCUAAGCCCGGAAAACUAACUAACAUCCAUCCAACAAUUUUAUUAUCAUUACCACUAUUAUUAUUAUUAUUAUUAGUAGUAGCAGUAAUAAUGCUACUUUUUUAUGUCAGGAGAUCGGUGUUGUAGCUUUUUUUCUCUUUUCCUCAGAGAGAGAGAUAAUCCGUGUGUAUACUUUAUAUUUUGUUGUUGUUUUUUUUUAAUACAAUAUAGGUUUUAUCCCAUCUAUAUUAUCUUUUUUUUAAACCUAUGAUUUGACGAAUAUUCUUUUGAAAUUGACCACUUACUACUUAAAUUCUUUUUUAGUAAUAUAUAAUAUUUAUUGUAUAUUUCAAUUUUAUCCGACCUAUCUUUCAUGUUUAUUUUUGUUUUCGACUUAUUUCGUUGUACAAAUUAAGAAUCUAUUAUUAUUAUUAAUGAUAAUAAUAUUCCCUUCCGAGUUAACUUGCCCCGCUCUCGAUGAGAUGCCCUGUAUUUGUGUAGUAUUCUGAAAUAAUUUUUAUUUCUUAAGAUGUAAAUUAUCACAGUCGAAUGUGUCUUUUUUUCUUCCUUUUCCUUCACUGCUUAACAUCAUUGUCAAACUGUAUUUCCCUGCAGAUAUAUUCUUUAUAUUGUAAUAAAUAGAUAGUCUUAUUUUAUUUCUGUAUUAGAAAGGAAAAAAAAUGGGGGGAAGUCUAUUUGUUAUUUUAAUUUUAUUCGAUGUUUGGUGCGCGUACGUGUGUGAUUUUGUGUGCACGCUUGAGUACACAUGUGAGUUGUGUUACAUACUCUAUGUGAAGAGUACACCAUUACAUCCUUGAAUCGCUUUCUGUAUGUGUCUCUCGGGUUAUACAAACACCUAAAUUGUAAAUUUCUAUGGAUUACGUAUGAUAAAAAUAAUAGAUAUAUAAUACAUCUAAUAAACGUUUUAUUGCAAAUAUUUUUUUCCUCUCCAUAAAUGCAU